AUCUUGAAGUGCUUCUGGCAAAGUACCUAUUUCUCUUUCAGCUUUCUUCCCCUACUCUGUCAAAACGCAAAUGGCUUCCCACCUUCUCAAAAUCCACACACAAACCAUCCAAACCCCAAACCCACUACUACCAACCCACCCAUUCCCAUUUCCCAUACACCACCAAAACUCUCACAUCUUCUUCCCCUCAACCCUCCACCACAAACCCAAAAUUACCCGCCUAUCCCCACUCUGCUCCUCCUUAUCCUCCUCCCCCACCCCACCAACCUCCAAAGAAGCCGCCAUCCAACAGGCCAAGACCUGCCUCUCCGCCACCCUCUCCAAGCCCCUCAACAACCUCCGCCUCACCACCAAGCUCAAGAAGCCUAAACAACCCCGAUUCCGACUCGAAAUCCCCGUCGCCGACGACUCCCCGGAAUCCCUCUCCAACCUCGCCCUCCAGCUCUUCCAAGACCUUCCCAUCAAACGAAGAUCCUCCAAAGUCAACGUCUUGAUCAUAUGGUCAAACGCUGCCUUCGCAGAAGCCGCAGUGAAAGCCUUUGGGGCUUCCCCUUCGAGCCCGGUUGAGCAUUCGGACAUUUCCUCCAUCGCCAACGGUGAUACCGGAAAUUUGAAUUCUGCUGACGUGGCGGUGUUUUUGGCGCCAGAGGGAACCCAACUGGCGGUUAUAAAAACGGUUACUGAUUUGCUGUUCCCGAGGCCGGUGGUGAUUUUCAACCCCAGGUGGGCGUUCGAGGAGGAGGCGGAGUUGGGCGAGCUCGGCGGGUUCGUGGAUUCGUUUGAGGUGAUUUUUUCGUUCAUGGGUUUGGAGGUGAAGGGGCUUUUGAGCAGCAGGAGUGGAGUGGUUUUCAAGUGCGUGAGAGAUGGGGUUGUGAGUGGUGAGAAAUGGGCUGUUUUUGUUGAAGGAGAAGGAGGGGAAUUGAAGAUGGUUUCGACGUUUAAAUCGCGGCCUUCAAUCGGUGAAGUUGAGAACGUUUUGUAUAAUCUGAUGGCCAUUAAUUCGCCCGUGACGAAAUCAGUGAAGUUUUUCAGGGAUUUGGUGUCGAAUGUGACCGGAAAGAAGUAAAACCGAAUCAUGACGCUCUCCUCCCUUCGACCAUGCUUUUCUUUUAAAGAGCUUGUUUUACGUAGUCAAGCAAUUCACAGUUCGAUGUAGUUAUAAGGAUCUGAUCUCUCGAUGUUGUCAAGAAAUCCAACAUCUCAUUAUUGUCUUAUGGACUGUCAAAUUUCCCUCU